GUGUUAGACAAAGACAGAAAAUCACCGCUUCCAACCCCCUUAAAUUUAAGCAGCUGUAAUCCCAGCGAGCCUACAAUUAAUGCCAUAGAUCCAGUGGCAAGUAUUUAUGGCGUUUAAUCGUACAACUCAUUCCAUUAUGGUUUUUCAUGCUGGCGGAUGUAAUAGUUUGGUUUCCUUAUUCUAAUCUCCAUGCCUUCGAUAAUAUUAUCAUAGAACAAUAUAUGAUAAUAUGAUAAUAUCAAAUCGAUAAAGUUGUAUAAUAAUAAAAAUUAACUAUUAUUUUCGCGGCUUUUUUUGGCGUUUGGCAUUUAUCUAUUCUGUGGUCUAUCUUCAUUCUUGAUCUCUUAUUAAUUAGUGUAAUCACUGUAUAAUAAAUCCUAUACAUUAAUGUUCUGCUUGAAUGCUUGAUAUUUUUAAGUUUUGAUCAGAACAGCUUCAAAUUUUUCGGAUGUUUUGAAUUGUAUGAUCUGAAAUUAUUAAACUGUUGAUAUAUUUAUUACUUUACUAGGUACCAUGAACAUUUUCCAAGAUAGCCAAGUAAUACGAUAUAUUGAAUCAUUGGAUGGAUUGAGUCCUGUCCAGAUGAAUGAUUCCACAGUCUGUCAAUGCAUACAAAAUGAUAUUCCGGAAGAUGCUCACUCUAAUAUUGUAGUUCCUUUCAGUAGUAACUUGGCUGAAUUAGCUGCUAAUCGUGAGCAAAAAGACAUACGACAGAUUGUAAUGUAUAUAACAAAAUCAUCUUAUUUUAACGGAGAUACAAUGAAGUUCUUAGUUAGCGAAAUGUUAAUAUGCAAUGAUAUUGUAACAGUCGAACAGUAUUAUAAUGUUCUUUAUAAUAACCUUAUGCAACAUCCACCAUGUGCUCAUUAUAUGCAUAUGGAGUAUGAUAAAUUACUGCUCAGUUCGAAUAGGAAUUAUUUUGAAGAAAUGACUCUAUGGGAUUAUAUAAUACAACGCUUGAGUGAAAUCGCAGAAGGAUUUAUUUUAUAUUCAAACAAUAAAGCGUUUGAUUUGGCAUUCAAAAGAUGUUUCAGUUUUUGCAUAACCAUUUUACAAAUUGAUUUUGAAGUGUCCAAAAAGAAAAAUAUUAGAUCUUUAGUUGCAAAAUGUCUAAAGUAUAAACUUGAAAGAAGAACUAGAAUGAGUGAAAUUAACAAACUUUUGGAUAAGUUAUUUAACACUGGGUUUAAUUUUCAAAUGCCUAUUAUUCAUMUUGCAAUACUUGUAAAUCAGUUGGUAUAAAAAUAUAACUUUUCAUCUUACGUAUCCACUGAUUACAUUUAUAUUGAUAAAGUUUUUUUGUUUGCUUAAAUAAAUGUAAUCAUUAUUUUAUUAAUCUUAGACAACAAGGAGAUAAAGUUGCUUUUUGAUAUACUAAAAU